AUGCGUUUCUCCAAGCACAUCCUUCCCAUCGCUAUGCUUCUGACCGGAGUCAUUGCCGCAAAGGACGAGGAGUCUACCACUGCUGUUGAAAAGUCCAAGGCUACCGACGACAAGCCCUCCGAGACAACUGCCAACGAGUCCAACACCGCCGACGCGACAGGGGAAUCCACUGCCACUGCCACUGCCACUGGAAAGAAGGACAAAGACUCCAAGAGCGAUAAGUCUGAUACCGACACCAGCACCAACACCAGAGAGAAGGAGGCUGCUUCCAAGACGGCGACUGAGAAGGGCAACGGACCUACAAUCACCUGGGACCCUCCUGCGCCCAAGACUACCGUUCCCGACAUCAAUGCCGGCUCUCCUUCGCCUAUGACUCCCGGUGUCGUGGUUCUAUCUCUGGUUCUCGGCAUUACAUCUAUCGGCAUGGCACUCCUAUAA